ACUAACUGCAAACUUCUCUGACUACCCUUGUGUGGUGUUGAGAUUAAUUAACAAAGAGAUGGGUCGAAAGAAAAUUGGCAUGGAACUUAUUAAAAACGAAAGAUCUCGAAAUUUGACGUAUCAAAAGAGGAAAAAAGGUUUGGAGAAAAAAGCUGAAGAAUUAUCAAUUUUGUGUCAAGUUAAACUCUGUGUGAUAAUAUACGGGGACAAGGUGCAAGAGGAACCCACGACAUUGUGGCCUGAAAAAGAGACUGUGCAGAGCUUAAUCGAAUCGUAUAGAGGUCGAUCGGACGAUGACCGGAGACUGAGGACCCAUGAUUUAUCGUUUUACUUCAGGGAGAUAGCAAAAAAAGUGGAGAUGGAGUCUUCAAAAUUACGUAAAAAGAAUUAUGAGGCUAAAUAUCCAACGUGGGAUCAAUUCUACGAUAAUUUAUCUACUCACCAAUUGAAACAAAUUGCUUCCUCGUUGGAAGCAAAAAUUGAGCUUAUAAAGCAAAGGAUGGAAUACUUGAAGGGAACGCAGAGAAUAUCGUUAGAAGACAUGCAGGGGAUGAGUUAUGUUGGAAAGCAAACAAUAGCAACUCCUCAACCAUGCAUAAUGCAGAGUUUGGUUAGGAAAAACAGCUUACAACUCGAAAUAAUCGAAGAAGAACAGCAGCCAUUAGAUGUUCCACCAACGAUGAAUUUCCCCGCGGAGAUGAUGAUGAUGAUCAAUACUCAUCAUGUUAAUAACAAUAAUAUUAUUGUUGAAAAUCAACUAGGAGGAAUGAAAGGGAUGAUGAUGAUAGAUCAGAAUAAUAUGUUGUUUGAUGAUCAUCCUCAACCAAUGUGUUAUUUUGUACCAGUGGUGACACCAACUAAUUACUUUCAUCAUCAUCAUCAAUAUCCAAUGCUACCAACUCAGAGGGGACAAUAUUAUUAUGAAAUGGAUCAUCUACCAAAUAAUGAUAUGAAAUAAGCUUAUAAAGUUUGACGCCUUCAUAUAUUCAUUUCUUUAUAUUUAUGUUUGUUUUUGUUUUCUAUUGAUUAUUAUGUAUGUUUAAAAAGUAAUUAGCUACGUACGGUUCUUUCA